AUGUCGGAAGACGAGCCUGCCCUCCUCGAGGCCUUGUUUCAUCACCUGGUACUCCCACCAAAACUACCGCGUCGUUUUGACGGAGACAACACCGCCCUGAAGAGAAGCUUUGGGAGGCGGCUGCUUCAGGCCUUGGACGCCUUCCGGGAUGUUGGUGAUCCGAACAUUUGGCACACCCUUGAGGCAUCGCUGCAGGCCACACAACACUUGCAUGACGGCCCUCUCACUCAAUGUGACAUCUUGAGUGCACUGACGAGCGUACAGCGCUCUCACGGUGAUGUUUGGCUUGGUAUUCAUGUUGAGGCACAAAAUGCUGGUUUGAUCUUUCACGCAGACGACGGAGGCGAUCACGUGAUCAUCGAAGAAUUCCAGGCGGCAGCACCGGUCGCAGAUGUUCUCAAGACAGAAAGUGCACUCACUUGGGACUUCCCUAGUAGAGCCAUCGCCAUCCCGCUUACCGACCUCAACAAUGAAUCUUUCCUCGAAAAUUUGACGCGAUUCCUCCAAGAAGCCAAUUCGACCUCUUUUGACAAAUUUUCGGCGACCGCCAGCAAGGGCGGAAAAUCAGUGGUCGAGGUUCGCGAUUGCGCUAGCUCCGCCCUGAUCGGCGGAAUCCUCAUGUCGCUCUUGGAAGCAAUCGGAACCGCUGUGCAUCCACCACAACUACGCAAGCGAAUUCGAGACGAUGUCGUGCUGGACAAAACCGAAAAGCCUUGGAGACGCUCUCCAUACUGGCUUAUCUUGCGGGUUACCCUCGGGCGGUUACUUUCCGCCCUCACAGGCGGAACUCAUCCAUCAAUGGGCCGCGUCUAUUACAAGUUCAUAAUUUGCGCGGUACUGGCAAAUCUUCUCAAAGAGUGUGCUGAGAACAUCGAGCCAGAAAUGGCGGUCAUGCUCAAGGCCAAAUUAUCGCGUCGCCUUGCCAAGCUCGAGUCUCAGAGGAAUUCUGCCUCUGGGCCUCUCCGAGAGACAUACGACGAUUUCUUCACUCACAGCAAUGCCCAUUUCCACACCAUAUUGACCAACGCCAACGCUCAAAUCACUCGCUCAUGGGAACAGUACAAACGUACUAUCGUCCGUCACGUUCCUGUUCUUCCGCGUCGUGCUUCCGAAAGCGAUCUUGUAUUGGGUUUACCCAACAGCCGCGAGGUCUUUCAACAACUCUUGUCACGGGAAACUGAUUCUGCAAGGCGACAGUUGUCUGUGAACCUUCAAAUACUCAACGAAGGGACGGUAUUCCAGGUUAAUGAGCUCGCCGGCAAGUACAGUGCACUGGUCGAACUCGAGGAUAGGAUGACUGCUAGUCUCACCUUCCAAUUCACUUCUGAACAAACAUGUGAGAAAUUCGCUCUCGACAUUGAGUCCUUCAUGUCGCAAGUGGGAGGGGCCUAUACAAACAGCCCGUUGCUCAUGAGUCGUUACCUGCUCCUGCUCUUUGAAAUGUGGACUCGCAUGGACAAAGAAGCGAUCAUAGUAUGUCCGCUACUGAAGGAGUACCAUCCAAUUUUCGUUCCUAGUUCGUUGGAUGUGCUCUGCUUACAGACCAGGGAAGAGUUUGCGCGUCUCAGAGCGGUCCAGGAGUACCUUGCUUAUCGCAUCUCCGCGCUCAAAUCACAUCACCUAACGAUCUUCGACAAUCCUCGAAAACGUGACUCGUUCGCUAACAAAUUCGUUUACAAUACUACGAAGGGAAAUGAAUUUGUAACUCUGGGUGAGACCAUUGAUGUACAGUCGCAGGAGUUAAAGUCCAACAAGCAAUCUGAACUUGCGACAUUGACAGAAACUUACAACAAUCUUACUCAGUCUUUGCAGGGUAUGAAAUGUACUUGUACCCCACCUCCCAACAAAAACCAACCAAAGAAGCGCUGUAAAAGGUGCCAGAUGUCUCGGCAGCGAAAGAAACUAAAGAUAAAUGCCCACGAAGAUCUACUCCCCCCCGACACCAAGGCUGAAAAAGCUCACAGAGCCACAAUCCUUUUCCAAUUACGCAUGCCACGCUAUCUUUCUGCCUACCGCAAAGCCGUCUGGAAGUUACAUUUGCUGGGCACCAAAGAAUCGCUUCCCAGUCUAGGUGAUCACAAGUUGCUAUUCGACGACCUGAGUAGUCUUCGUAAGUUCGCCACAGGUCAAAGCAAUAUAACUCUAGCAUCUCGCAAAAAGUCCUUUGGUCAGACUCACUACGGAAAAAUGAAACUGCCAAAGACUGUUUCGCAAGUUAUCUUUCCAUUUGGGGCCGAAUUUGCUUGCUACGAUAGUUCAUCAGGUAUUUGGGCUGAUCAACUUCCCCGAAUUCCUUGGUUCGAGCAUCUCAUGGGCUCCUGGAUUCCCAGCGGAAUUCCAGACCCAUACGCGUCGGGCAAGAACUUUUCAGAAGAUGAUCCAUACCGCCCCUCCUCCUACGAUAUCGUGGCGAAUGAUUUUAGCUGUCCCCCGGAGCUAUCGGUACACGAGUAUUCUGCCAUUCAACGAGUGGUAUCUGCAAGAGGUAGACGUUGGCUAAUCCUUCUCGUUGAGCUAGGCACAACCAAUUUUAACUUCAGCAGCGAACCUACCAUGAAGCUGCUCAACCAUCUUGCAGUACAGGCUGGCCCAGCAAUUCGAGAAAAUGGCGUCUUGCGCGAGGCACAUAGUCUGUUCGAUGAUCGAGCCUUCUGUGCAACGCUGUGUGAACUACUACGAGGGCGACUGGACUCCAUCAAAUCAAGCUGGCGGGAGGUACAUUAUAUGAAUGUUCUUGUGACAUUCAGUGUGCAGCUCUAUCAUCUUUGUCCUGACGAGUUCCGACAUGACGCUGAAACUCUACUUGUUACCAUCCGAUCGAUUACCGGUGGAUGGAUUUCACAACUGCGAAACGAAGUCCGAACUGCUUCAGAGGGUGAGGCUGCGAGCAGGGCUGCAACAUUUGCCUUUUGGGCCGCCUUACUGACUCGUCGGACGUUUUGGGCCUAUAAAGUCCGCUUACACAAACGCAACGAUGAUGACGACGCUCGCUGCUUCUUCAGAGCUUCCAUCGCUCUCCAGGAGAACUUACUGACUGAUGUUGAUCGACUGGAUCCGACACUCCGGGAUUUACUUAUCGAGGAUCUAACCAAAUCGAAUACCAUGCGAGGCCAGAUCGAAGAGUGGUUCAAAAGAAGUUACAAAUUGUUGGAAGCUUCCAUAAAUGAGACAUGGACAAAUUCAGGAGCGAGUAGUGUGAGAUCAUACUCCAAGUGGAAAAGCCUCACUGGCAUCCAAUAUGGGUGGGUAAAAUCGCGGGUGGCGGGAACAGAAUGGACAUCGUCUCAGGUUGUUCAUUACCACUUGCUACAAGGACACCUCACCGUUGACGGAAAGCCAUUGGGGAGACUACCUCUGCAGAUGACACAGGAUCCGGCCGUUCAGGAACUCUUCGGAACACAACAUCUCCUCACUCGUCCCUCAGGACUUCUCGAAUAUCAACUUGUCAAUGACAUCAUGGGACACCAAGUACAUCUCGGCUUCAAAGAUGGUAGGUUCGUGAUUCAAGCACUCUAUCGGAACUCCUUACUUGAGUACGUCCCUCGGGCCAUUUUCAAGGGCAACAAUGGAUGUGAUUUACCAACGGAUCUCGUCGAUAAUUGCGUACAUUGGUUGAAUCUGGGUACCGGGCAACUUGAGAUGCGUCGGAAACCAUGGAUUUGGAAACCGAAACCAUCGAACUGGAUCUUGGAUACCCAAAAUCGCGUCGCUGUCCGACGAGGUACCAAGCUCGUUGAGCCAAGGUCACACCUGGGUCAGCAAAUCACAAGCAUAUUCCAACAUUUCGAAGAUCCAGACAAACUGACAAUAUAUCAACCACAUGGACGAGGAUCAUUGUCUAUCGAGAUGAAGCGACUUGAGAUUCGGUUUUCGGUCAAUCACAAAGGACUGCUACAAUGUCCACAACUCACAGCUGAGGUGGACCCCGAUCAGGAUGCCGGCACCCUUUACGGGCUUUCAAGUCAGAUAAUUUUGCGGAAUGUCGUCAAUAAAGAAAGGAGAACAGUUCUUGUUCCGAUUGGCGAGAUUUACUGGCAGCGCCGGGGAGUCCACGUGGAUGUCAGGAUCAGUAAUGAGGGCAUGUAUGCCAGCUUUUCGAUCGACAAAGUUCUAGGCCGUCUCGACUGCCCCCCGGAGCCGCUUCUGCUCUACCUGAGAGCUUCAAUCCAUGCCCUGACAUCGUUCCCUCUUCCCGACCCCCUCACGCUUCGAACCGGGACUGAAGAAGCCCGACACUCUCUUUUGGCAGCGCGUAGCCAACCUUGGAGCCCACUGAGUGACUUUCCCAAACGUAUACUCUCUGUGAUCAAGUCUCUCUCCCCCCGGCGAUCAUAUUAUCCCCCAGGUAUAAACCUUUAUCAGAAGGUAAAGUGGGACAGCAACCUGACGAUGUGCAUCCAGCAUGAGGAAUUUCCUUCUCUUGUCAACUCUAUUCUCCUACAAUCACAACAUCUCGAGAGCGUGAGCGGAAACAGCAGGACGGAGGAUAUUUCAUCACAGCAGGCGUCCCCGGGAGUACUUUGUCGUCGUGGACGAAUCCGCAGGCAACUCUAUGAACGAAUCUCUUUUCCAUCCGACGUCGAUUCUCUCACAAGCUCCUCGAAAGACUUUCCUUACAAUCCCAACCAGGAUACAAAGGCGAAGGAGGAGGAUCGUGUGUAUCAGACAAUCUGUGCUCUGAGAGCCAAUUCGAAUGCUAUACCUAAACUGGGCCCCUUGACAACAUUUGUACAGGAAAUGAACAAUAUUGGGGGCUUCGAAGACACAUUCACUGUCACUGAUGUCGACCUUCUUCUUGGUGAUGCUGUUCUCUACCUAUUAGGGUCUCUGCUACAAUUUAGCCACAAAGAUGGUCAUUCAAAACCUUAUGACGCUCACUUCCUGCUUGCUCUGUUGGCUUUCAACACAAACAUUGAUCUCGAUGUCAUCCAAUGGCUGGUGACUAUUCACAAGACUACUGAGCUCAGACAAAUCGAAACGCCUGGGCAAACUUAUUUCACUGGCUUUCGCCUCUUUGAGGAACCAUCUAUGGGCAACAUUGAGGACCUCAUCGGGACAAACCAACCAUCUUAUACCGAAUACUGCAUAGUUGAAAAGGAUGGUGUGCGUAAAAGGACCAAAUUGGAUCGUGCUGAGUAUGAAAAGAAGCAGAUGGCCGAAAUCACUAGCCUCGCAUACCGGGUCAUGGAUGCUUGGCCUCGUCAUUCUUACACACUCUCUAAGCUUAAGGAUUUGAUCAUCCAAUCCAACUAUCAAUACAUCGACUCCAUCAACUCUUGGGAGAGUUUGAAGCCCGAACUUGAGAGACUAUCUCACAAUCUAGAGCUUUCAACGUACCUCGAACGGCUUGAGGACACAGCAUCGCGACUCUAUCAGCAGCAAUCCAUCGAACAGAAGGCUUUGGCGAAGGAUUUGUGGCUCUUGAAACCGAAUCCUUUGCCGCUUUCACCAUUGGUCAAGUCUCAUUCGCUAUACAGAGUACCAAGUCUAGGAGAAGACUUUAUGAAGCUUCAGUAUCAAUCGAGCCAUGUGUUCAGGGCCUCCUACAUGAUCGAAACAAAAUCCGAUGACGUUACUGGUCAACAUCGAGCCGAUCAAGGCGGACCUGCCUCCACGACAUUGCCAAUUUUACGUGACAGUCUGUCAGUCCUCGGUCAGAUCGUCAAGAGGUUCACUGAGUCAUCAGAGACAAGUUUAAGAAAACAAUACAGUAAGGACCUCCAGACAUCGCUCACGGCCCUGAUCGAAGACCACAUCGAAUCCAUCAACAAGCCCAAACAGAUCACCCGUGAUGUGGAUGUCGAAAGAGACAUUGUUCUAGCUUGCGAAGAAUUGAGCCAGUGGGACUACCAUCUUCGGGUCUCGCUUUCGAAAGAGUUUACAGGUUCUACGUGGUUGAAAGAAGGAGGGCUUUGGCCCUGUAUGUCUCCCGUCGCAAUGUUGGAGCAGUUGCGAAAUACCAAGGGUAGCAAUCUUAGUCCUGCAAUGAAGGCAGAAUUGGUAUGCUAUGGAGUUCUCAUCACGAAGCUACAGCGAUGCCUUCGCGUCCGUGAUGCCACCCUUUGCAAAGAUGGCAGGCGUCUACGAGAGAAUGAAGAACUGCAGGCGCACUCGAACUGGAGCCCCUAUGAACAUCCGGAAUGGCUUCUUUUGGAGAUUGACAAUAACCUGCUCAUUCGCAAAACGUCGUGUAUCAUCCCGAUGGCCAUUGCCACACUCGCCGACCGUACGAACCUAUGCCGACUAGUCGUUCCCCGAGCCCUUCUCUUGCAAACCGCGCAGGUAGUCCAAAGUAGAAUUGGUGGAUUACUCGGUCGCGUUGUUCGCCAUGUUCCCUUCUCCCGACGAUCGCCCAUGGACCAAGAAAGCGUGAACCUCUACAAGAUGAUCCACCAAGAUAUCCGGGACACGUGCGGUGUCAUGCUCUGUCUUCCGGAGCACAUCAUGUCAUUCAAGCUCAGUGGGCUCCAGCAAUUGGUUGACGGUGAACUGAAGAGAGCCAAGAGGAUGACGGACAUUCAACAAUGGUUGGAGGCAAACAGUCGUGACAUUCUCGACGAAUCCGACUUUACACUCUCGACGAAGACACAACUGAUAUACCCCAGCGGUGUACCUAUGGCGGUUGACGGUCAUUCUCAACGCUGGCUUGUCGUCGAAGGGCUCCUAUCUCUUGUUGAAGGACACAUUCCGUACCUGCAGUCAAAGUACGGCGAUGGCAUUGACAUCACGCGACGUCAUCAAGGCUAUCCGAUCUUGCACAUUCUACGUCCAGAAGUUGAGUUCACCCUUGGUCUUCUUCUCAUAGAGGAUGUAUCCAAGGGCCGUCUUCCGCAGUUGCAGUUGAAGAACGCGGCCGAUUUCAAAGCUCAACAAUACAUAAAAUCGAUUGUGAUGGGAUUGACUGAUCUGUCGAUGUGUCAACGAGCUACGGAGUUUUUGACUGAUGAAGUCUUCGGCAUGAAGACCCUUUACCUUCUUAAAGGUCUCAUUUCGGAAGGUCUACUAUUGACCUGUUUGAAAAAGCGAUGGAACGUCCAGUAUGGUCUACACCCUCAACGCGCUCCAAUAGCGGUUCCUUUCGAAGCCAAGGGUGUACCCUCAUUGACGGCAGAGUACGGCCACCCGGACACGACUCUGAUAUUGACCUGUCUGGCGUUUUAUCAGACUGGUCUUACUCAGCCCCAAGUCGUUCAGUGCUUGGAGCAUGUCAUACGCUCCAAUGACCCCACAAUGCAGUAUGAGCGACUGGUUCAUGGGUGCAAGUUACCAGCCCACCUGGAGUGCUGGAACUUUCUCACACUGGAUGACGAAGCACAAAUGGAGGAUCUUUGGAAGCAUGUGAGGUUCGACACUAGCAUUAUCAACUACUUCCUGAACAACUUCUCUUUUCCAGCGCAUGCAAAGCAAUUUGGAGUGAAGUUGCAAGCUUCGGGUUGGGACAUCCCACUACUUUCGAAGGACAAAGGCCUAUCAAACAACCUGACAACAGGCUUCAGCGGAACCAACGACAACAAGAGACUACUUCCUCAGACAAUCAAACAAGAUGACUUACCUAGUCUGUUACAGACGAAUGCAGAAGUCCUCAGUUACUUACUCGAACCACGGAACCAGCGAUGCUAUCAAGCCAUGGACAUGAAUGGACGACACCUCACUGAAAAGGGACUCUUGGAGCUUCUCAGUCGUGAGAACAUACGCAUCCUUAUUGACGCAGGAGCUUUCAUUUUAGAAAUGGAAAACAAAGAUCUUGCUACUGCCUGGCUCGACGUCUUUCCUGACGCCCAAGGGGCUGUCUACUUUGGCAGCGAUAGCAGAGUCAUGGUCCACUCCCGAUUCCAGAAGCAGCCUGUACCUCUCCUUGCGAGCUCAUUCGCGGACAACCUCAAAGAUUGUGUUGUGUACAUUGAUGAGGCGCACACCCGUGGCACGGAUUUGAAGUUGCCCGAUGAUGCCAAAGGAGCCGUCACACUUGGCCUUGGCCAGACAAAGGACCAGACAGUCCAAGCCGCCAUGCGACUUAGACAACUUGGAUCGACGCAAUCAGUUGCCUUCAUCGCGCCCCCAGAGGUCUUUCGAAGUAUCCUCGACUUGCGACCGAACGACGAAAAGAAUCUCACCCCGGCGACCUCUUCCGACGUGGUAUACUGGUUACUCGAGCAAAGCUGCAAAGCGAACGAGAGGAUGAUGUCCCUCCAUACAGCCCAGGGUUUCGACUUUUGCCAGCGCACAAAUGCAUUGUGGAAGUAUCGGAACUUUUCCAACGACCCAGCAGCAAGACAACACCUUUUAGGUGACAUACAGCAGCGUGAGGACCAAACUCUCGAACAGCUGUAUGGCCCCAGAGACGUCAUUCCUACCACGGAAGUCAUGGAAAACCUCGACUACAAGUGUUUGAAGGACUUGGCUACCCGUUUGUGUGAACAAAGGCUGGACCUUUCGGGAGACUAUUCAUCAGCAUUCGAGGAACUGGAGUUGGAGCGAGAGGUUGAGUUCGAGUUCGAACAGCUUCGUGAGAAACAGAAGCCUGUCAAGUAUAACUCCGAUUCUUUCCCUGGUCUUGACCCAUCCCUUACCGAUUUUGUCACCACCGGAUACGCAAGAGGACGCUUCGUCCAAGCUUUUGAAUUCCUGAGUGGCACCAAGAUAGGACGCAAGUUUGCGCUGAGAAAGACGUCGUCCGAACUGUUUGUUUCAAAGCAGUUCACCAGGAGCAUCGCAAAUAAAGGCUAUGAUAUAGCCGUUGAAGUCAUGCGACCAGUUGAAUGGAUCCUCUGGAGUCCCAAAACCGAGACAGCUGUCAUUAUCAUCCCAGAAGAAGCCGAGCUGCUUCUCACGAUCCUACGCGACUUGCCCAACCCUUCUGCAUUACUGUUGACCUACGCUGCGCCCGUCACAAAGACAAUGUGGCGAUUCAACACGCUGGACUUUUUUAUAAUUCCCACACAAGAGAAAACACCAGUGUUUCCUCCAUGGCUCGCAAUUGAGAUCGGCGUCCUGGCCGGGCGAUUAUAUUUCAGCUACAGCGAGUACCCGCAUCUCAUUUCAUGGUUAGGCCUCAGCCAAUCAGACUUGCCAGGAUCCAUUCCAGACACAUUCUCACUAGAGACGCGUCGCGUCGAGCGAGGUCUUUUCGUCGACCAACCUUUGAAGUUUCUCUUGGAGUGGCUUACGUAUCGACGUCAGACACAGGAUAUCAUGCACACACCGAUGGGCUUUUUGUGUCAACGGAAAAAGCUCGAGCCUGGACAUCCCUUCUUCGCCGCUGCUACAGCAACGCAAGAGAAACGCGAAAAGCGACCCGAUAUCGAAGGACGCGUGGUGGAGGACUUGGAAGCAGGGGUUAGCGAUGAUGACAGUGACUGGGAAGAGGGUGACGAAUUGAUGAUCCCUGAUGAAGAUCAAAUGGAGGAUGGAUUGGACACUGAUAUGUGA